AUGGUGCAGCAACAGCAGCAGCUGCAGCAGCAGCAGCAGCAGCAACAGUACAACGGCAACGGCUCACCGCCCGUCUUCGGCUCCCAGAUGGUGGAUAAGAACUCCAGCACACCCUACACCGAUGCAACGCAGACGAAAAAACACAGUCCGGGCCACAUCAAGCGACCGAUGAAUCCGUUCAUGGUGUGGAGCCAGAUCGAGCGGCGCAAGAUCUGCGAGGUGACGCCGGAUAUGCACAAUGCGGUCAUCUCAAAGAACCUGGGCCAGCGCUGGAAGCAGCUCAGCCAGGAAGAGCGCCAACCGUUCAUCGAGGAGGCGGAACGUUUGCGCAAGCUGCACACGCAAGAGUACCCCAAUUACAAGUACCGUCCAAAGAAGAAGCAGGUGAAGGGUGUUGGUGGCGGAGGCACUGGCGGUUCGUCCAAGAACGGGUCGCCUUCGUCGUCCUCCUCCACCGGUGCCGGUUCACCUGCCCUGUCCACAUCGUCGUCCUCCUCCUCGCCCGAGUCCGUGUCGUCCCGGGACAGCUGUGGAUCGUCGAGUAGUUCCUCCUCCUCGUCAACCUCGUCCGCCGGUGGUAAGUCACCGGCGUCUUCCGGUAAGCGCAGCCGAACCGCUAGCGGGAAGGUCUCCAAGGCAGGCGCCGGCAACGGUGGCUCGCUGAAGGCCAAAAAGCAAGUGAUCAUUGACGAACUCGGCCAGCCGACCAUGGCUGCGGUAGCGACGGCCGCCACCGUGACAACGCUCGCGGCCCAACCCGACUGUUACUCGCUGGCGGCCACCCAACCGCUGCCAAACUCACCGGAGAGCGCUGCCUUGUACGACGAACGGUCGCUGAUCUCGCCCGAGCCCACGUUCGGUCCAUUCUCCGAAAGCACCCCAAUCUUCAUCCGAACGCCGGACCACAACGUGUUCGUGGUGGACGAAAGCAACCACUUUGAUCACGAAGCCAAGGGCUUCCUGUACGCGCACGGUACCACGCCCGAUCUCACCGGUGACAGCGUGGGGAGUCCGCUGGGCCAUAACACCACCAUUAUCACCUCCGUCACCUCCGCAACGACAGCCACCAGCAACAGCAGUCCGAGUGCGCUCAGUCACGGUGCACACGUGGCGUCCGCCUGCAACAGUCCGCAUCCGCAGCAUCACAAUCAACACAACAACAACAACAGUCUUCAGAUCAACAACAAUCACCUCCAGCAUCAGCCGCAAUCGACGCCGUCCGUCAAGUCCGUCUACACCGACAGCGACGGGGACUGCGUGAAGACGGAGAAGUACUACGAUGACGACGAGUGCCCGAGCGAUCGCUUCGGGGCCAUGCUGGACGACAGCUGUUUGGACGGUGUUGCUGGCAUCAACCGAAUAGACGAUUCGCUGGACCUUGGCCCCGGGUCGGUGGGCUCCACCGGUCCGCCCGGUUCGGGCGCGUGUUUCGGUGAGAUUGUGGCCUUCAAUGGACAUUUCACGCUGACCGACCCAACUCAGCAGCAGCAGCAGCAACAGCAACAGCAGCAACAGCAGCAACAACAACAGCAAGCUCAGCAACAGACGCAGCAGUCACAUCACCUCAACCAGCAACAGCAGCAUCGGGGCACACUAGCGAGCUUUAACGAAAUCACCAACGGACAACAGUGCCACCAGCCGUUGGGGCUGCAACCGUUCCAGUUCUCUUUGGCCAACCAGCCCCUGGUUGCCAACAGCCUUCACCAGCAGCACCAGCAGCAGCAGCAGCAGCACCAGAGCCAGCAGCAGUUCCAGCAGCAGCUGCGACAGUACGGUUGCCAGCAGCAUCUGAUGGACUCGCAGGUAGCCGUGGAGAACAUGGGAUUGCCGCUGCUGGCGGAAGCUUCGCUCGUGCCCAACUGUCAACCUUCGCCGUCGGUGGACGGGUUCGGGGCCGCGUCGCUGUCGCUCGACGGUAACAGCCAGACGGACGUGUUGCCCAUCCUGGACGAUAUGCUCGGUACCGCCAACAUGGACUACACCUUCGAGGGGCUCGAGACGGCAUCCUCCUCCAGCGGUUCACACCUGGAGUUCAUCACCGAGGACAACAGUAUUUUCCUGUCCGAGCCGAACCUGAUCGGCUACACCGUUUAAGGCAACACACGGAACCGGUGAGCGAACCCAAAAAACCCCCCCAAUUCACCACAUACACUCACACACAUACACACAGUAAACAUAUUAAAUACACAUGGCACAGGAGAUGCGAUUUGAAGCGUCCUCCGUAAGCGUAAGCGACCUAUUCUCCAGCAAAAGUUGCCACAUGGAAGAAAAUGAAUGAAUGGGUAGCAACCAUUUGCUGCUACAAUUUAUCACUGGGAAAAUAAGGAUAACAAAAGAGACAAAGAGAAUAAGAUGGAGGAAAAGCGGAAAAACAAAGAGAGAGAAAAAGUUGGGUUAAGAAAAAAAAUAAGUGCUUUAUCAAAUGAGAGGUGCAUAUGAUUGCAAGAAGGCGUGCAUGGGGAACUGCGAAUGUAAGGGAACUGCGUAAAGGAGUUUGGAUGUUUUGUGCGAUACAUUAUAACUAACUAAGGAUAACGAAAAAAAAAAAAACUUAAAAAUAGCAGGAAAAAAUGAGGAGUAAAGUUUUGCAAUAUAUAAGUAUAUGAAAGCAAAGAAAGUAAGUAAGCAAAACCACAAGUUAAGCGUAAUAAAACUACAAAGAGAAAUAAAACCAACUGUCAGUAAAACAAAAAAAAACAAAAGAAAA